AUGAAAUCUAAUAAUUUAUAUUCCCAAGUCUUAAGCAAUAAUAUUAAAAAACCCUUAAUUAAAAGCGAAGGACCUGAGUUUAAUUUAAUUGAGUGUAGAGGUGACCUUUUUGUAGACGCAUCACAAAAUUCCAGCUUGGCUCAUUGUGUUUCUGCGGACUUUCGUAUGGGUAAAGGUAUUGCUUCCGUAUUUAAAGAAAAAUUUCAAGGUGUCGAAGAACUGCUUUCUCAAAAGAAAGGAGUCGGAGAAGUUGCUUUCCUUCGUAGAAAUGAUCGGUACAUUUUUUAUAUUAUUACUAAAGAAAAAUACUUUCAAAAACCAACACGACGAAAUUUCGAAAACUCAUUAUAUUAUUUGAAAGAAUUAUGUGAAGAAUUGGGUGUCAAAGUUUUGAGUGCACCAAAAAUUGGAACAGGACUGGAUAAAUUGCCACCAGAAUUUGUACGAAAAACUAUUUUAAAAGUAUUUGAUGGAUGUGAUCUAAACAUGACAAUUUUCUAUUUAUGA